AAGUUGGCAACAUUUUUUGUCAAUCUCUGAGAGACAAAGAGCGGAAUACUGACAUUUCUGCAAUGGCGGUUUAUAUUUUGGCGCUGUCACUUUUCUUUUUCGUAUUUUGUCUUGUGAAUUGAUUUGUUCCGUAGUUUUUUUUCGGAGUAUUUUGUGUUCUCAAACAAAAGGAAACAAUUGCUGAUUAUAAUUAACUUUGCUGGAAACAAAUGGUUAUAACUGCAAAAGGAAGAAAUAACUGAUAUUUAUUCUUUGAGGCAAAAACUAAAAGUUCGCGUUCGAAUAGUCCGAGUGUCCUUCGCUUACCUUCUGCAAAAAUGAGCAAGGAAAUUUACUAUUCUGACAAAUAUUACGAUGAGAAGUAUGAGUACAGACAUGUGGUGCUACCCAAGGAGCUGGUCAAGUUGGUACCUAAAACACACCUAAUGUCGGAAGCGGAAUGGCGUUCAAUUGGGGUACAACAAUCUCGCGGCUGGAUACAUUACAUGAUCCAUAAACCAGAACCUCACAUUCUUUUGUUCCGACGACCCAUACAGCAGUGAUCAUUUCAAAAGCAUCACAAAAUUUUCGAAUUGUACAUAGCCUGCUCCACAUAUCGAAUAUAAUUUGCCAUUUGAGAUUAUCCUAUUCAUUGAGGGAUUUGGAAAUACAUUAUUUGCCAUUGAGUGUGCAUCGUCUGCCGAUUGAUCUAUAGUUUUAGUCUGUCAUGGCCACUACAAUUACUACAGUCUGCUGCCAUCGUUAUUCCUCUAAAAUAUUUUAAUGUUUAGUUCUUUUGUUUCUUAAUAUAAAACAAAAUAAAGAAUAAAAAUUUAAACUCGCAUAA